AUGACUAUCUGCGAAUUACACGCAGCCGAAUAUGACUUUUGGGUUCUGGACAACGCCUACAUCACCCACGACGGAUUCAAAGAGAACCAUUUUCCCCGUGUCGGCAGAAUCAACGCUGAUGCGAAACGAACUGCCUUCCUGCAUCGAUCCUUCCGUUUCAAGCUCUCCCGCAAGUACAUUCACUCGUCGAGAAACAUGGCAGAUAUUGAGAGCGCUUAUUCAAAAAUUUUCGUCGGUUCAUCGUCGGGCCAUGGCUGGGGAAGUUGA